AUGGAUUUGGUUGCAGGAGUCCGGAAAGAAGGCAGUCGCGGCGGCCGCGGCGAGUUCAAAUGGUCCGAUGUCAAAAACUCGACUCACCGCGAAAACUACCUGGGCCAUUCCGUUAUGGCGCCCGUGGGUCGAUGGCAACAAAAUCGCGAUCUCUCAUGGUAUGCCAAGGGCGACGCGGAUUCCGAGGAGGAACGGGCCCGCCAGCAACGCGAAGAGCUUCAGCGUGUCAAGGACGCCGAGGAGGAAGCAAUGGCUCGUGCACUCGGACUGCCAAUCCCACCCAAGGCCGAAGAAAAUGCCAACCUGACGCCACUCGGGGGCUUGCAAAAACACCGGUGGAUCAAGAAGAGGCGGGGGCGAAAGAAUCGGAGAGAGAAUCACGGAGGAGCCGAGGACAAAGGCGUGACCGCAGCCGAAGCCCACGCCGAGAGAGACGCAGUGAUCGCAGUGAUGACCGUGGGCGAGACAGAGAGCGAAGACAUCGCAGACACAAAGAUGAUGCAGACAGGGAUCGAGAAAGGGAUCACGAUCGAGAUCGUCAUCAUCGAAGCCACCGACACCGGUCUCGCGACAGAGAUCACCAUAGGAGACGAUCACGCUCGCGUUCUCGUGGCCAAAAUUUUCGCAGAGAGGAACCCCGACCUCGGCGAGUCGAGCGUAGUCACUCCCCAGCUGAACGCCGACGUGAACCUGAACGCCGCAGAGACCGCGAGGACCGCGACCGGCAGCAUUGAUUUAUGA